CCCGCCCAUUGGCCGCACCGCCCCUCAAGAGCGUCCCGAUUGGCCGUAGCGGCCCGGCCCGGUAUCCGGGUAAGAUGGCCGCAGUCGGGGAGUGCUCGCUGCCCGCGCCGUGGCGGCCGGUCUCCCUCACUCACGUCGAGUAUCCCGCAGGUGAUUUCUCUGGCCAGCUUUUAGCUUAUUUGAGUCUUGGUCCAAUAUUCAUUAUUGUUGGCUUUGUAACACUCAUCAUAUUCAAGAGAGAGCUUCACACGAUCUCUUUCUUGGGAGGGCUGGUGUUCAACGAGGCAGUGAACUGGUUAAUAAAAAAUGUAAUCCGGGAGCCUCGGCCGUGCGAAGAAGCCCAUUCAACAGUGACCACAAAAUAUGGGAUGCCAUCCAGCCACUCCCAAUUCAUGUGGUUUUUCUCUGUCUAUUCUUUUCUGUUCCUUUAUUUAAGAAUGCACCAAACAAACAACGCGAGGUUUCUGGAUUUGCUAUGGCGACAUGUGCUGUCCAUCUGCCUCGUCACAGUGGCUUUGCUAGUCUCAUAUAGUAGGGUUUAUUUGCUUUACCACACCUGGAGCCAAGUCCUAUAUGGAGGUGUGGCAGGAAGCAUCAUGGCCAUAGCCUGGUUUGCCUUCACACAGGAGAUCCUAACUCCCCUCUUCCCGAGGAUAGCUGCGUGGCCAAUUUCAGAGUUCUUUUUAAUCCGAGAUACCAGCCUCAUUCCUAACAUCCUGUGGUUUGAAUACACAGUCACAAGAGCAGAAGCAAGGAACAGACAGCGCAAGCUGGGUACGAAGCUGCAGUGACCGGAACGUGGGGACCAGGGCGCGCUUUAACAGAGACAGACAAGAGCAGAGACCUGGGAGCAGCAAGGAGCCUUUUUACAGACGGACCAAAGGAACAGGCAGGGACCAUACCCAAAACCUGAAAGCCUUUGCUCUGCUUUAGCAGCUAAGCUGGAUGCUCCCUGAUGCAUGUGGGACCGUGCAGGAGUAGAAACUCAUUUUGAACACAGAUGCACAUGGUUGGAUGUACCAUCGUGUCUACGUCAGGGGAGGGGGGAGAAAAUGCCUGGUGUCGUGUUUGGGGGAGGGAAAACCAAAAACGAAUCCUUUCUGUGACUUUUUUUUUCAGCAUGAAAUAUACACACUAUUUAUUUAUUUUUUUAAAUGGAACUAUUGUUUAUGGGGUGGGUGAGGCGUUGAUUGUGUGUUUUGCUUUUUUUUUUUUUACAUUUUUUUUGGAAGAAGAUGACAAAACUAUAAUUUCAAGUUGGUCAUGUUUAAUUAGGGCUUCUAAAUCUUACAUGGUUCUUAGGAGGGAGGGGAUCUAGGAGGGGUGACCAAGACAGAAGGGAGAGGAAGACUUUCCUUUCUGCAGUCAGUUUGGGAGAUCAAAAUCAAUUCCAACUGUACUUUGUACAGACAAAAAGACAGACUAUAAAGAUCUGAUUUUUAACACUAGUGACAGUUCUGCAGGGAAUCCUGCACAAAAACCAGUUAAGGGGAGUGUGUGUGUAAAACAAAGGAAAAACACAAAUAUACUGACUCUUAAUUUUUUUCCA